AGGACGAGUUCGCCGCCUCAAACGGGAAGCCGAAGCAGCAUCGCUCCGGAAGCGAGAGGUUCAGACUAUGAAUACGGGCCUGGAGGUCAUCAAUGCUGGUAGCUUGCCGCCCCUGAACAACACAAACUGCGACUACUACGUCACACAGGAAUGUAUCCGCACCCAAUACAGCAUCACAAAGGGAGACAAGGCAGCCCCAGGCAACGAAUUGGGUAUCUUCGAGUCUCUUGGUGAUCACUACUCCAAGGAAGAUCUGGAUGUAUUCUGGAGCACGCUCUACCCAGAGAUUCCAAAUGGAACCUACCCGAUCGAGAAGAACAUCGACGGAGCCUUUGGAGCUAUCACGAAUGUUUCGGAUGCGGGAAUUGAAUCUGACCUAGACUUUGAGGCCUCACAACCUCUGAUUUGGCCUCAAAGGACCGUCCUGUUCCAGACGGACGAUGAAUUUUACGAGAUCAACGAAACUACUGCCAACACUCCCAUUAGGGGGUUCUGGAACACUUUCUACGACGCUCUCGAUGGCUCGUAUUGCACUUACAGCGCCUAUGGCGAGACAGGAGACUGUGUGGCUCCCGAGUGCCUCGACCCUGUCUACCCGGACCCAAAUCCCGGUGGCUACAAAGGCCAGCUGCAAUGCGGUGUCUACGAGCCAACCAACGUGAUCUCCAUCAGCUACGGCGGCGGAGAGUCCGACGUCCCUGCUUAUUACACCAAGCGAAGGUGCAAUGAGAUCAUGAAGCUUGGCCUCCAGGGCGUGACCAUCGUGAUUUCAUCCGGAGACGACGGCGUUGGUUCUUUUCCCGGAGAUCCUACGGAAAGCGGCUGCGCUGGUCCUGACGAGACUGUCUUCUACCCGGCGAGCGAUGCCACCUGUCCGUAUGUCCUGUCUGUGGGAUCCACGCAGUUCAUCAAGACCGCGUCAGACAACUCCUCGGUGCCCAAGUACACAGAGUCGUCCACCACGCGCUUCCCCUCCGGCGGUGGCUUCUCCAACUACUUCGACACGCCUGACUACCAGAAGGAUCAAGUUACGGACUACUUUGAUUCUGUCACGCUCAACUUCACAGGAUACACCGAUCCAGGUGUGAACUUCUCUACUGUUGGAGAUGGCGUCUACAAGAUUGGUGGUAGAGGCUACCCGGACGUCGCGGCCAUUGGCGACUACUAUGUCAUCCGAGCAGAAGGCACAUUUGGCCGUGUGGGUGGUACAUCUCUAUCCGCCCCAAUUUGGGCUGCCGUCCUCACACGUAUCAACGAGGAAAGGCUGGCGGCAGGAAAGAGCACUCUGGGCUUCAUCAACCCAACACUGUACGCCCAUCCUGAGGUCUUUUUCGAUAUCACAAAUGGAUCAAACCCCAACUGUGGGACGACAGGAUUCCUGGCUACCGAAGGGUGGGAUCCAGUUUCCGGUCUAGGAACUCCUGUGUAUCCCAAAUUGUUGAGUCUUCUUCAAGAUCUGUAAGAAGCCGGCCGCAGGCGAUUACAACUCUGGGGUUUUGUAAUCAUGGUGCAUAUACGAUCUGGUCGGUCAGACAUAAGAAGUAAAGUAGUCCUAGAGGAUGAGGCUCUCAGAAACCAGAGCUCAACUCGGCGUAAAUCUUAUCUCUAUCAGUGUCCAUUCUUGAGUAUUAUUCUUCUCUCCACAG